AUGGAGUUUGUAUGCUCUUUUGCGCCAAAGCUGGCAAGUACGCCCAUUGUGCGAAUACGGCUUGCGCAGCCCAGUCGAGCAGCAUGGAAUGUCAAGCAGAACAGAGGAUUCCGAAGCAGUGCCGUAUUUGCACGAGAAGCUGGUGGUGGUGCCCCUUCGAAGACCAGAGGACAACAGAAGGUCUUCGACUCUGUAGAUGAGGCAGUCGCUGACAUCAAGAGUGGAUCGACCCUGUUAAGUGCUGGCUUUGGCUUAUGUGGUACUGCAGAAACCAUCAUCGGUGCUAUAUCGAGACGAGGUGCCGAAAGUCUACACUCGCUAACGGCCGUCUCCAACAAUGCUGGAACAGCUAUUGGUGGUGGGCUGUCACCUCUGAUUGCCAAUGGUCAAGUCAGCAAAGCCAUCUGCAGCUUUCUUGGCAACAACAAAGCUCUCGAGAAGAAGUACUUGACUGGAGAAAUCGCCAUCGAACUUACACCACAAGGAACACUAGCAGAGAAGAUCCGCUGCGGUGGCGCGGGUAUCCCAGCUUUCUUCACUCCUACCGGCGUAAACACAUUCAUCCAAUCUGGUCAGAUCCCGCAACGGCUCAAGGGUGGCGAAGUCAUCGAACCUGGGAAGGCUCGCGAAACACGAAUAUUCGAUGGCAAGGUCUACAAUAUGGAAACUGCAAUCAAGGGUGAUGUAGCAAUCCUCCGCGCUCACAAGGUCGAUAAAGCCGGCAACUGCCAAUUCCGCUACACGACUAAAUCCUUCGCACCUCUCAUGGCCAAAGCCGCAACCGUCUCGAUCGUCGAAGCUGAACACAUCGUCGAGAUCGGCGACCUCAAGUCUGACGAAAUCGAUCUGCCUGGUAUCUACAUUGAUCGCAUCGUUCAAGCUACCGCGGAGAAGAUCAUCGAGGUAAAGACGCUCAAGACUGAGGAAUCACCCGAGGAGCAAGGAAAGAACAACCCAGCUCUCGCUCGUCGCAAUCGAAUUGCUAAACGUGCCGCCAAAGAACUGAAGCCAGGCUUCUACGCAAACCUCGGUGUCGGAAUGCCGACUUUGGCACCUUCGUACCUCCCACCUGAUGCCAAUGUCUGGAUCCAGUCUGAGAAUGGUAUUCUUGGCAUGGGUCCCUACCCGACUGAGGCUGAGCUCGAUGCGGAUAUCAUCAAUGCUGGCAAGGAGACUGUCACGCUUGUGCCUGGUGCUAGUGUCUUUGAUAGUAGUGACUCUUUCGGCAUGAUUCGAGGCGGUCAUGUGGAUGUGUCUAUGCUUGGUGCGCUGCAAGUUGGUGCUAACGGUGAUCUGGCCAAUUACAUGAUUCCUGGGAAAGUCUUCAAGGGCAUGGGUGGCGCUAUGGACUUGGUCUCAAAUCCAGAUGAGACCAAGAUCGUCGUGCUUACCGACCACGUCGACAAGAACGGGAGAUCGAAGAUCGUCCAGAACUGCACGCUUCCACUGACUGGUGCUCGUGUGGUCUCCACGAUCAUAACAGACCUUGCUGUCUUCGAUGUGGACAGGAAGAAGGGCGAAUUGACACUCAUCGAGCUUGCGCCAGGCGUCGAGCUCGACGAGGUCAAGGAGAAGACCAACGCGAAGUUCCAUAUCAAGGAGCCGCUCGGCCGCAUGGAGUGA